AUGGAAUCCUCCUUACUUGCUUAGAAUUUAAAAGCAUAUCAACUUACAAAAAAUAAUUUGGUUAGCUAUCAAAGAUAUAAGGAUAAUUCAAUAAUUGAAGUCUUGGUUACUUAUAAUCACUUACUAUAAUAAUAUGUUAACAUUUAACCAACUCUUGGUAAUCAUGGAUUCAUUCCAUAAACUUAUAGAAAUUAAUAAGAUCUUAUAGAUAUUUUAGUGUUUUAUUUAGUUGAAAUAGGACCAAUAAGUUUAGUGGAGGCUGGAGUUAUUGAAAUUACGCAUAUGAUUGAUUUUGGAGAAAUUAAUGAUAAGAUUAAUGCAGUGGCAAAAAAUGAUGUAUUCUAUUAUUAGUUAAUUAUUUAGAGGAUACAAAAAAGCAGAAUAUUUUAGAAAUCCAAAGUUUCUUUUGAAGAUUAUAAUUAAAAUUUGAUUGUUGAAAUAUUCAAAAGGAAAUUAGAUUCAUAAAAGUUUAAUAAAGAAAAAAUCAAACUGUAUAAAAAUAAGUUUUUGAAUAAUUUAUGA